UACAUUUCUGCCGAUAGAUCCUUUCAGAGAGGCAGAUACACCGCGUCCAGCAAUGUCAAAAAGAAAAGAAGCUCAAAAUUAUUGAGCCAAGAUUCCUGAGUUGCUCACAGAGCAAUUCUUGUGUGAUUAACUGCUGCUUCUUUUGGACCUGAGGAACGAUGGGGACACCACUCCACAAGGCGCUACAGGAAAGGCAAGUGACCGCCAUUGUCUUUCUGUUACUAUUGUGGGAGGCAGGCAGUGCGACCGUUAAGUAUUCGAUUCUAGAGGAAACAGACAGGGGCUCUUUGGUGGGCAACCUGGCAAAAGAUUUGGGGUUGGGCUUAAGGGAUCUGGUCAUCAGGGGCGCCCAGAUUCUUAACAAAGGGAACAAACAACUCUUGCAGCUGGAACAGAAGAGUGGAAAUUUGGUUCUGAAAGAGAAAUUGGAUCGGGAGGAGUUAUGUGGGAGCACGGACCCGUGCAGCCUAUAUUUCCAAGUGUUACUAAAAAGCCCAGUGCAAUUUAUUCAAGGGGAAAUACAGCUCCAAGAUGUAAACGACCAUGCCCCAGAAUUCAUGGAAGAUGAAAUCCUCCUUAAAAUUCUGGAAAGUAGCCAUCCAGGGACAAAGUUCCCACUGAAAAUAGCUCAAGAUUUGGACGUAGGUAGCAACACAGUUCAGAACUAUACAAUCAGUAUCAACUCCCAUUUCCACCUUCUCACCGGCAAUCACAGCGACGGCAGGAAAUACCCUGAGCUUGUGCUAGACAAAGCACUGGACCGGGAGGAGCAGGCAGAGGUUAGAUUAACACUCACGGCUCUGGACGGCGGGACACCUCCCAAGACUGGGACUACCCAGGUUCUCAUCAUGGUCCUGGACAUUAAUGACAAUGCCCCCGAAUUUGCCCAGGGGCUCUAUGAGGUGCAGGUUCAAGAGAACAGCCCCAUAGGCUCACUUGUUAUCACCGUGUCCGCGAGAGAUUUAGACGCUGGGGUCUACGGAGAGCUGUCCUAUUCGCUUUUUCAAUCCUCAAAUCAGGUGCUUCGGGCUUUUGAAAUAAAUACAGACACCGGAGAAAUUAGAAUAAGAAAACCAUUGGAUUUUGAGGAAAUUCAGUCUUACCGCAUGGAAAUCGAGGCCUCUGAUGGGGGAGGUCUUGCAGGAAAAUGCACGGUAGUAAUAGACGUGACGGAUGUGAAUGACAACGCCCCUGAACUCACCAUAUCAUUACUUAUCAAUGAUAUUCCAGAAAAUUCUCCUGAAACUGUAGUAGCCAUCUUUGGAAUUUCAGAUCCAGACUCUGGAGAGAACGGGAAAAUGAUUUGCUCCAUCCAAGGCCAACUUCCUUUCCUCUUGAAACCUACUGAAAAAAAUUUCUACACUUUGGUAACGGAAGGCGCACUGGACAGAGAGAGCAGAGCUGAGUACAACAUCACCAUCACAGUCAGCGACAUGGGCACACCCAGGCUCACAACCCAGCACACCAUAAGAGUGCAGGUGUCUGACAUCAACGACAACGCCCCCGCCUUUACACAAAGCUCCUACACCCUGUUUGUCCACGAGAACAACAGCCCCGCCCUGCACAUAGGCACCAUCAGCGCCACAGACUCAGACUCAGGCUCCAAUGCCCACAUCACCUACUCGCUGUUGCCCACCCAAGACCCACAGCUGCCCCUCUCCUCGCUCAUCUCCAUCAAUGCCGACAACGGGCAGCUGUUUGCGCUCAGGUCCCUGGACUACGAGGCCCUGCAGACCUUUGAGUUCCACGUGGGCGCCACAGACCAAGGCUCACCUGCACUCAGUAGCCAGGCGCUGGUGCGCGUGCAGGUGCUGGACGCCAACGACAAUGCGCCCUUCGUGCUCUACCCGCUGCAGAACGCCUCUGCGCCCUUCACAGAGCUGCUGCCCAGAGCAGCAGAGCCAGGCUACCUGGUCACGAAGGUGGUGGCUGUGGAUCGCGACUCUGGCCAGAAUGCCUGGCUGUCGUUCCAGCUGCUCAAAGCCACGGAGCCAGGGCUGUUCAGCGUGUGGGCUCACAAUGGCGAGGUGCGCACCUCCAGGCUGCUGAGUGAGCGCGAUGCUCCCAAGCACAGGCUGCUGCUGCUGGUCAAGGACAAUGGCGAUCCUCCGCGGUCUGCCAGUGUCACUCUGCAUGUGCUGGUGGUGGAUGGCUUCUCUCAGCCCUUCCUGCCUCUACCAGAGGUGGCGCGCGACCCCACACAGGACGAAGACCUGCUUACAUUGUACCUGGUCAUUGCCUUGGCAUCUGUUUCUUCGCUCUUCCUCUUGUCUGUGGUGCUGUUUGUGGGGGUGAGGCUGUGCAGGAGGGCCAGGGCAGCCUCUCUGGGUGGCUGCACUGUUCCUGAGGGCCACUAUCCUGGACACCUGGUUGAUGUCAGUGGCACGGGAACCCUGUCCCAGACCUACCAGUAUGAGGUGUGUUUGACACGAGGUACGGGGACAAAUGAGUUCAAAUUUCUUAAACCAGUGCUUCCCAACUUCUUGAAUGAAGCGGCUUAUGGGAACGAUGAGGAACAUUCCAACUUUAGGGAUCAUUUGGGGUUUAACUAGAAAUCGUGCUUUGCUCUUGUGGGAUGAAUUAAGUCUUCACUGAUGCAUGUGUAAUUUCCCAACUUUUCACUCAUUGUAAAGAGCGAAUUAGCACAUUACUAAUAGUCACAUUUAUAGCUGUUUCUAGUUGUUGAUAAUUCCUUGCAUUUUUGUUAACCAGCUUAUGCUCAAGUGCACAAAGUAGCUGCAAAAUG